AAUAGAAAUGAGGGCCAUGCACUUAACAUUCCUUGCUUGUUUUGAUAUCAGCAGAGCGAGAUGGCGACUGUAACAACGCAGGCUUCAGCGACUGUAUUGAGGCCAUGCCCUUCUUCCAAGGCAAGGUUCCUGUCUGGCUCAUCUGGCAGACUCAACAGGGAGGUGUCGUUUAGGCCAUUGAGAUCUCCUUCUUUCAAGGUGGAAGCCAAGAAAGGAGAGUGGUUGCCUGGCUUGGCCUCUCCAGCUUAUCUGAAUGGCAGUCUUCCGGGAGACAAUGGAUUCGACCCGUUGGGGCUAGCAGAGGACCCAGAGAACCUGAAGUGGUUCGUACAGGCAGAGCUGGUGAAUGGGAGGUGGGCGAUGCUGGGGGUGGCAGGGAUGCUGCUGCCGGAGGUGUUCACGAGCAUAGGGAUCAUAAAUGUUCCGAAAUGGUACGACGCAGGGAAGGAGGAGUACUUCGCGUCUUCGUCCACCCUGUUUGUGAUAGAGUUCAUACUCUUCCAUUACGUUGAGAUCAGGAGAUGGCAGGACAUCAAGAACCCUGGGAGUGUGAACCAAGACCCCAUCUUCAAGCAGUACAGCCUCCCCCCCAACGAGGUCGGCUACCCUGGUGGCAUCUUCAACCCCCUCAACUUCGCCCCCACUCUUGAGGCCAAGGAGAAGGAGCUUGCCAAUGGCCGCUUGGCUAUGCUCGCCUUCUUGGGUUUUAUUGUUCAGCACAACGUCACUGGCAAAGGCCCCUUUGACAACCUCUUGCAGCACAUCUCUGACCCUUGGCACAAUACCAUUGUUCAAACCCUCUCUUCCAACUAAUUCUAUUCUUCCUCGCCUUUCUUUUCAUUGUACAGACCAACUACUACUGCUACUUCUACUAAGAUGUAUUGAGACCCCUUUCAUAUUUUUAAUGGAAUACUAUUAAGAGUUUGCUCCUUAUGAGCCCAAGAA